UAAAUUUAGCAUGCCUUCUCUUUCCAUCCCAAACACACACGCUAAUUAGAAACAUAUAAGAAGAGAAGAAGACGAGCUCAUGACUCUUUCCCACAAAUCAAAAAAUGGCUUCUCACACCAAUUUCUCACGCGCCACCCCCACAUUUGCCCUCGUCUCUCUUCUUCUCUGCACCGUAUUCUGCUACUCCGUCGCGGAAGGAAAUUGUAGCACAACAUGCAAUGUAGAGCUGUGUGGCACGAUGGGAAUCAAAUACGGAAAGUAUUGCGGGAUAGAUUAUUGGGGUUGUGCCGGUGAGAAACCGUGUGACGAUGCCGAUGCCUGUUGCAUGGGUCAUGACGAAUGUGUUGGCAAAUUCGGAAUGAGUCAUGUGAAAUGUCAUAUAAGGUUAAGGAACUGCUUAACUAGGGUACAAAAAUCUGGGAAAGUUGGAUUUUCGAAAGAUUGUCCGAUCACUUCCGCUGUGUCUACCAUGAUAAGAGGCAUGGACAUGGCCAUCUUGCUCAGCCAAUUGGGCGAAGCUGUUCCUGGUAUAUAGAAACAUUAUAAAUUAUACUUGAUCCAUUGUAGAUAGGUCCUAUCCCAUUUAUAAACUUAUCUAGAUUUGGGAAGGUUGAUCUCAAUGAUUUCAUGUAGUGAUUUUGUUUGUUAUGUAACAGAAGAAACCAGUAGUGUUAUUGCCCAUGUUCUCUCAUAUUAUAGGAGCAUGUAUAUCAAAAAUUUGCUUCUCAUAGAAUAAUUCAAUAAUUACACCUUUUGUUGUGGUUCAUAAAUA